CGUUGAGGAUCCCGAAGAUGGCGGACCGAAAGAUACUCAGCUGUAGCAUCAUUUUUGCGGUUUUAUUUUACGUUGCAUCUUUCGGGAAAUGCAACGACCAAGUACCUAUGAUGAUGUGGUCAAGUGCAGGCUCCCCGUUGCAAUCUCAAACGCCACCGGCUGCGGGGCACAUCGUCUCCAGCUCUCAGCUGGAGUCCUACCUGAAGACGGCUCUAAGUAAUACCCCACACAACGUACUGCUCUUCCUACAGGACAAGUUGAGUGUGGAUGAUUUCACCAUGUACGGAGGAGUUUUUGGAAACAAACAGGAUAGCGCCUUCUCAAAUCUCGAGGGGGCGCUGCAGUCCUCCAAGCCUCUGAUGCUGCCAUCGGUGGCUCGCCCUGCGGCCAGUGCUGUGACCGGGAUCCUGCAGGAGCAGCUGGACACGUCCCCCCUCUACAUGGACCCCGAGACUCUCGCACAGCUCCGACUCAACGCAUCUGUCGCCGCCCUGCUGGUGUUCCGCCUGCCCUACGCCACAAGUGCUGAUAUGAUGUCUGCUAAAGAAGUCCUCAGUGGAAACGAUGAGGUGAUUGGUCAGGUCUUGAGCAUCAUGAGCAGCCAGGCUGUCCCUUACACUGCAGUUUACACAGCGCUGCAGCCAUCUCGAGUGAUCGAGGACCCCUCCCUGGCCUUCCAGUCUGUGGGGGGCCGCUCCCUCCUGCAGUACCGCAACAAGGGCUCCAGGCGCGGCGGCAACAACGAGAGGGAGAGGGAGAGGGCGAGGAGCGGCUCGGAGCCCUACCCGCCCGUGGAGUUCAAGGAGAAGGAGGCCCCCUGCAUCCUGCUGUGGGCCGAGAACCUGACGGUCAGCUUCCUCAGCGAGGGCAAGUGGAAGAGGCACGACCUGUCCCCACAGACCUUUGGAGAGGGGGCGUCCGUCAAGCUGGAUGGCUCCUCCUGCAGUGAGGAUGACUCAAAACUGGUCCUGAAUUAUGAGAACGUUCUUGGAUUCCGUUCUUUCAAAAUGAUCUUCGCCAUGAGCCAGCGCCACUACAAGGUGUCUGCCCGCCGCUGGUUCACCAUGGACGAGGUCAUCCUGGAGUACGAGGGCAAGAAGGCCACGUUCAACGCCAGCCGCUUCAUCUACGCGCCCGUCGAGUAUUCGUACCGCUGCGAGUCCGUCAGCAGCUUCCGCUACGCCCAGCUCACACCACGGACAGCCAAGGAUGCUGCCAAAGACUGGAGAGUGUCUUUCGCUGACUUCCAGAUCCAGGGCUUCAACCUCAACUCGAAGGAGAAGGAGUUCUCCUACGCCAGCGACUGCGCAGGCUUCUUCUCGCCGGGCAUCUGGAUGGGCCUGCUGACCUCUCUCCUCAUGGUCCUCAUCCUGACCUACGGGCUGCACAUGAUCAUGCAGCUGCGCACCAUGGACCGCUUCGACGACCCCAAGGGACCGGCCAUCUCCGUGCCCCAGACCGAGUAGAGGAACAGCCAACUAAAGCAGCCGGCCGGCCAUCGAGGCAGUGCUGGCUCGUCUAAACCCCACGCUUUACACUCCUCCUGUAUCUCCUCCUCCUCCUCCUCCGCUACUCUCUUGCUCCCACCUAUGUGUGUGUUUUUGCCUUUUAAGCUUCAUGUCCAAAGUCAAGUCAUCCCCUCUCCCGUAAAGUGUAAGGCCCCUCCACACUCAUCCACCACAUUCCAUGCAGCUUCAACAUUCUUCUUUUUUUUUGUUUGUUUGUUUGUUUGUUUGUUUACUUUUGCCCCUGAUUGCUUGAUUCAUUUGGUUGAUACAUUCCACUGAUUUACAUUAUGUAACAUAUUGUAUGAUGUUGCAUUUUGUUUUUUUUGUUUGUUUGAUUAUUUGUUUGUUAAUUUAUUUAUUUAUUUGGGAAUGUUACAUUGAUAGAAAGGGCUUGUUUACAUCCUCACUGUUGAGGCCCAAACUAUUUGCUUCUAAGGAUACACCAGAGAAGGGAAGCUUAUGUUACUUUUGGGUAUUUGAUUAAAGCAGUUAUUUUACAUUACCUGAGGGAAAAGGUAGUCAGGGAAGAUGUAUUGGCUUCUGCCACCUUUUACCAGAUCAUCCAUGUGUGAAUCUUGCACAUCUUCACAAAUAGGAUUUGGCUUUGUUGAUAGAGAAGGGAUCGAUAAGCCUCCUUCCUUUGAACUUAAUCUAUUGGCAAAAAAGGCUGUAAUAAGGAUUUGAAGAAAUCAAACCUCAGACAUUAUUAGCAGCCAUGUGCAAUACACAAGAAGGGACAUUGUCAUCAGUUUCAUGUUUUUGUUUUUUUGUCUUAAUCAGCCUUUCAUUGGUGCAACAUUUGUCUACUACAGAUGAAUUGUGUUGUAUUGUUACAUUUCAAUCUUUCAAUGGGUCCUACACAAUCAUUUCAAGCAUGGAUACAUUCUUCUGUUUGUUUGUUUGUUUGUUUGUUUGUUUACCUGGGUGUAGUAGUGUUUAAAAACGUUAAACCACUGCGACUCCAUGCAAGUCUGGUAAAAGCAUGAGCAGUUCUCUUACAGGUCAUCUUUGGGUCAGCACUGAGGGUUCCAGGUCCUCCUGAGCCUGUGCUUCUGUGGGCGGCUUACCGAAAAUCACUGUUGUGCUACAACCACAAUGACUGAAACAGAUGGCCAUCAUGCAACUAUGACCGUUUCACAACAAAGAAAACGUUUCGGAAACCCAGUCUUACGCUUUCAUUGCUCUGAAUUGCCCAUACGCUCAGUAUUAUCAAGCAGCAGAAGUCUUUUGUUCAGGCAAAGACAGCAUUUCAUUUCAGGUCAUAUUUCAGAACUAGUCUACUGUCUCAAGUCAUAGGAGAUUCUGAUUAAGAGAUUUACAGUGAAAUUUCACAUCAUGCUUUUACCAGCGUAUGUGCAAAUGGUUUGGCUUUUGGUGGUUUGCGUUAUUACACUUGCUGUACAGUGAACAAUGCUUACUCCAUGCAAUGAGUUUUGAAAUAUUGUAAAUAUGAAGAGAUGAAUAUAUUGCUGUAUUUGAGUUAGACAUUUAU